GUUUCCUUUAAGAGGCUGAGUCAGAGACAGACUGAGUAGAGUAGAGAGGUUGCUGGAGCAGUGUAGCUGAACGUUUAACACGUGGACUUACUUGGGAGGAAUGACUCUUCAACCUACAAGCAUCCCAGACUUCAGCACUACAGCUUUACAUGGAGACCAAAACAACACCAAUGGCAGCCUUUGUCCUGAUCCGGAUUCCUGGGAAUGGCUCAACACCAGGCAGCCAGUGUACAUCCUGCUCAUCACGGUGCUGGGGAUCGUGUUUAAUGUGUUUGUCCUGAUGGUUUUCUGCCUUCAUAAGAAGGCCUGCACUGUGGCUGAGAUCUACUUGAGUAACCUGGCUGCUGCUGACAUUGUCCUGGUGUCCUGUUUGCCUUUCUGGGCUGUCAAUGUAGCCAAUGGUUUCAACUGGCCUUUUGGUCUGUUCUUGUGCAAAGUCGUCAACCUGGGCAUUAAAAUGAAUGCCUACUGCAGCAUCUAUUUCCUUGUUUUGAUCAGCAUAGAUCGCUAUGUGGCACUGGUGCAUACAAUGUCCCAUGGCAGGAUGCGUAGGCCAAAAUAUGCCAAACUGGGCUGUCUGCUGAUGUGGGGUUUUGGCUUGCUCCUGAGUGUCCCCGCGCUCAUUUUCAGGGAAGUGAAAUAUUUUCCCGAGUACGAUGUAAAUGCAUGCUUUCUAGACUACCCAAACCACACUGUAGAGCUGCUCUGUGAUGGGAUGUUGAUUGUUUUUAGCUUUAUCAUCCCAUUUUCGAUUAUCUUAUACUGCACUGUCAAGAUUAUUCAGGCUUUGAAGAUCCAGGCAAUAGAGAGGUUCAAUGCUGAGAAAACAGAGCAGAGGGCCACCACUCUGGUGCUGGUGGUCCUCCUGGCAUUCAUGAUCUGCUGGGUGCCGUUUCACGUGGUCACCACACUAGACGUGCUCUUACGAGCUGAUGUCCUGGGAGGGUGUCACGUCAUCACUGUCCUAGAGAUCUGCAACCAGAUCUUCACCUACUUAGCCUUCUUCAACAGUGUUCUCAACCCCAUCCUCUAUGUCAUCGUAGGAAAGAAUUUCCGGAAAAAAGUUCGGGAAGUCUUCAAGCAGUGGAGCAUUAAGAGAACAGUGACCUCGGAAUCUACACGUUCACUGUCCUCUACACUGAAGACUUUGGUUUAAAAUACUGAUCCUCUUACGUCAAUGGAUGAAACAAUAAUUUGUUGUAGAUGUAAUUGUGUAGUAAUUCCGUCUCGUCAACAUACAAGGCUUGAAUUAAUCUUUCCUCCUGAAAAAGGUGUUACAGAUAGCUAACAAGUGUUAUUGUGUCUCAACCAUGUUAAAUAAUUAUGUAAUUUAUUUUUUCACUUUUAUAACAGUUUGACCACAUGGUGUAACUUAAAUCUAGCCUCUUGUUACAAACAUUGGUAUCAGUAUCUUGAAUGUACAGAUGUUGCAAAUUAAAUCAGCCUGGUUGCUGCAAAAUAAUGUAUGUAAAUACAGUUUUCAUAUUCUGUCUUGUAUUGCUAAUAACUCAGAUUAUAAAUAAUACCAGUAUUAGUUUUUCUCUGUACACAACCAUCAAAUAAAACAUACAUAUUGUUUUAUA